AUGGCAGAAGCAAUUCUCUCAGUUUUUGUUAAAACAAUGUUGGGGAACUUGAAUUCUUUACUUCUCCAAGAGCUUGAAUCAGCAUGGGGUGUCAAGAAAGAGUUGGGGAAGCUCGAGAGCACGUUGUCAACGAUCCAUGCCGUGUUUCGAGACGCAGAGGAGCAGCAAUUGAAGAACGAGGCGCUGAAGAAUUGGCUAAAGAGGUUUAAGGACGCGGCCUAUGUUGGAGAUGACUUAAUAGAUGAGUUCGCAAUAGAAGCUUUUCGGCGAAAUGCAAGGAUUUGGUCUGCUGCUAUGAAUCGGGAUAGGGGAGACUGGGGAGAGAUUAGAUGCCAUUGCAGCAGAGAGGUCAAAGUUCCAUUUGAGAGAGGGAGUUGUAGAUCGGCCGGUGAAGAUUGA